UCAUGAUUAGAGGUUAUACGAGAGACUGUGAGACCUGGUCAAUUUGAAUCACCAUGUCACGUAAUCACUUAAAACUGCAACUUGGAUUACCGCCGCGUAUGAUAAAGUAAGUCGAGCGUCUCCAUCAAGCACGAUGGAAUCUAGCGAUGCCUCACCCUCAAGACCUUGCUUUGCUAUUAACCCACUUACAUUCAAAUACAAAGUUCUCUACUUCUUCAAUCUAUGUGGCCGAGCCUGUUUCCUUAAAUUCCUCCCCGUGUUCUACCGUCAACUAGGAAUGAGCUCGUUUCAGACCGGUCUGCUCGUUGCUAUACGACUACUCGUGCGAUUGCUCAGCGCUCCUGUGUGGGGAGUCCUGGCUGAUCGAACAGGAAGGUACAAGGUUGUGUUGAUAGUAAUUCUGAUUGGCUCUACACUGAGUUUUUCAUCGUUGGCUGGAGUCUUGGUUGUACAUGAAAUGGAUGUUGAUAGCGCUGGGAACUAUAGUAAUAUUACGGCAAAUAUUAGAUGGAACAUGGAUUUGGGAACGUCUGGAUCGAUGGAAGAAUUUUACAACGCAACGAGCGCGUUUUCAGUGUAUAAACAUUGGCAUUCCAAAAGCGGGAUUUUUGGAGGAAAUACGAUGUUAAUGAAUAGUCACGCUAAAACUAGCGUGACACCAGAACAAAAUACCGGGGAGAACGCAAAUGAUACCUUACAAGGUGCCAGCUAUAAAAGUCACACAACCUCAACACAUAUGGAGCCCUCGGAGACUAAUGAAUCUAAGAACAACGGCAUUAACCCAAGACUGACCAGCCAUCAGAUAUUUGCUUUAUGUCUUAUUGCUGUUGUUACAGGGGAGUUCUUUCUUGGUUCCUUCUUCCCAUUAAUGGACAAUGCUUGUAUUAAUAGUGUCGGUGUUGCUGGGUUUGGAAAACAAAGGAUGUUUUCUCCACUAGGGUUUGGCACAGGGGCGUUUAUUGCUGGCCUAGCAAUGGAUCAAACAAGAGGGGUGCACUAUUUCUACCACCCCUCCCACACCCCUCAUCCUGAACCUCCUAACUUCAUGACAGCCAUUGUGAUGUUCUUUGGCAUCAGUGUCAUCAUGACUGUUUUGAUGUGUGGGUUUCAAUUCAAAAUGGAGAAGAAGUCAAGCAUGGUUUGGCAGCCAGUGAAGGCUGUGUUGCGCAAGCCUGCAGUCAUCUGUGGACUACUGGUCUGUUUGAUUGUCGGCAUAGUCAGUAGUGUCAUCUUUGCAUUCAUCUUAUGGUUUGCACAAGACUUGCAUGGCACCCAGCUAUUGCUAGGCCUCACAGAAACAGUCAUGUCAUUCACCGCUACAUUCUUCUACCCACUGGUAACCAAACUCCACAAAAAGAUUGGAGUUGGGGGUCUAAUGGCCAGUUCCCUACUUGGCCUGGCUGGAGUACUGAUAAUAUUAUCCUUUCUCAAUAACCCAUGGUUGAUCCUAAUUGCUAUGGCACUCUAUGGAUUUGUCUUUGCAGUUAUGAAAACUUCACCAGUGAUAUUCGCCAAGACCUAUUCACCCCCAGAGGCUACGGCCACCAUGCAGGGUAUCGUAUCAGGGGUGCAGUUGGGUCUUGGGAUGGCUAUGGGUGGGGUGAUUGGAGGGAUGUUUUAUCACCCCUAUGGGGCAAGGGUGCUGUUCAGAGGUACAGCUGUGCUUGCAGGAAUUGGGUUUAUUCCACUGGGGAUAAUGUAUAUGUGUAGCAGAUCAGAUCAGUAUACAGUUUUAGUGGAUGCUGUCUCACCAUUUGUGAAUGACCCAAAUAAUUAUGAAAAAAUACCUUGAAUUCGUGUCUAAUUCGUGUCCUAAAAAAUACCUUAAAUUCGUGUCUAAUUUGUGUCCUAAUCACAGAUCUUCCAGAGUCAUUUCCAAAUGUUUUUUUUUCUAUAUUCCAUAUUAAAAAAAAAGGGCAGGAGAGGUGUGGGAGUAGUGUUUGUCAAUUUUGCCUCAUUCAAGCAUUGCUUUACAGGUUUUUGAAAAUCAGAUACGUAAGGUAUUGGUUCAGGGCACUUGGUCACUUAGUAAAUAUAGUAUACCAAAAUAAAACCUUAGAAUGACAAUGGAGACUGUAUAUAUUUUAAAUAUUUAUUCAUAACUUCACACCUCAAUCAGCUUGGUUAUAGUAUAUUAAUCUCACACUGAAAUAUUGUUAAACAAUGUCUAAAUAAAACACCACUAAUAUACUAUUCUAUGUAUUAAUUUAUGUACAGAUGGCAAAAUUAAUAUUUAGUCAGUGUUUGGUUGAUCAGUGAAUCUGCAUAUAUAUAUGAAAAAAACACAAGAGGAUGCGUCAAAAUUUUCUAUAAGAUCACCAAAGUUUGUCUUGCCUCAACAAUUCAAUCACUCACAGAUCAUCAGUACAAAAACAUACCAAUAAAAAAGUUUGGUUGGAUCCACAGGGUGAACCUCCCCCAAUUAUUCUUUUCUGUUACUGCUUUGGCAGUGACCCUUGAGUGGGUUGAAAGGUUGCCCAAGAUAUUAUCUAUAAGUCAAGAGGUUUGUUUGCUAUUAUGUAUAAAUAAAAUGUUCUUAUAAAGCAUAACCCUAGAUGAGUUAUCACUAGACUGAUGCUAUAGACAAACACAACAAGGACUAUUUUACUGUUCAGCCUUAGCUUAAUGCAGAGAUAGAUGGGUUCUUCUUUAAAGAAAACUCUACACAGUAAAAGGUAUUUGCUACUAAGAAUAACAUAAUCUAAAGUUCUGCCACCCAGCACACAGAUAGGAUACGUAUGUAUAGUAAUCUAUCUACAUAAAUAAUGAUAAAAUAAAUUAUGGUUAAUCUGAACUUGUCCCUUUUAUAGCUAACAGGCAAAGUAAAAGCAAGCCAAUGAACAGGGACUAGGAGGCCAAGUUUUAGAUUCUGUUCUUUUCAUGUAUGAUUCUACACGCAGAUGAAAUUUAACCAAUUGACUUUGUCCAUUUGCAUGCAUGUACAUUUGGAAUUGCACAUGAAAAGGACAGUCUCCAAAGUAGGCCUGGAUUGUGGAUCACGACCAUUCAAAUUCAGAGAGGUUUAGCUCAAUCUGAUUGGUCCUAGCUAUGCCUGACCUCAUCAAUAUAACCAAUCAGAAAUCAAAUAUCUGCUCAGGACAUGUUGCUGCAAAACUACAUAAAAGGAUGAGAGUCUAAAGGUGCCCUUUAAUGCAUUUGUUUUGAAACACUCUUCUUAAUCCAACCAUAAGUAUUGAGCUGUAGUCCUCAUUGUGAAGGGGUUAAAUAGGGCAGCCACAUGUUUUGCAGAGACGGACACAUGUCCUGAAGAGCAGCAUUUGCAACCAUGUAAUCAUAAUUUCUCAGUCCAAUACUUUCCUUAAAUACUACACUGCUAUUUACUGUAAGCAUUGCACCAAUUCUACGGCCCUCUUAGUUCAAUCAUAUUUCACGUUUAGCACUCAUUACCUAACAAUAGAUUUGUGGGAAACAAUAAGGAUUAACUUUCCAGCAUAAAACAUGUUUUCCUUAACAUCUUAGUUUGGGAAGAAUUUAGUGGAGUCUCGUAACAAAAAUUGUUGCUUCUGUUGUUGCAAUUGUUUGUUCUGUAACCUAUAUCCCUAUGAUGUCACGGGCAAGCAACGUUAUGACACAUUUCUUAAGCAAGAGAUGCAUUGUACCGAAACAGUUGAAGCAUGGCAUGAUGAUGAAUCCAUGACUAAUGAAGUGGCAAAUCAUUAGGACAAAAUACCUCAACACCCCAUAAAAAAAUAACGAAUUAAGCCGAACUUAUCAGAUUUUGAUAAAAGAUGAAGCAUGUGUAAUGUCCACGGCAUUGAAACGUUUUUUUUCGUUGCAAAGGAUAUCGAUGGUGAAAUAGCAUAAAAUAAUGGGCGGUAUAUGGUAAUUGUGUAUGAAUUCACCGAGCCCAAAGUCGACUAAGCACCCGGGGGCUAUACGGAACAAUGACAAUCAAAACGCAAUGGUAAAAACUUAGAGGGCCAUAAAAAUGGUAGCAUUUGGCUAGAUCAGUCUCCUAUUUUACUUGCAUAUAUUUCUCAUUGUAAAAGAAAAACAAAAAAUUACUAGUCUCUAAAAAAAUACAUAUCUCGUCUAUACUCAAACGAACGCUUUUAAUUGUUAUGCAAGCCGUUUACCAGUUCUUGUCCUUUAAGUCAUCAACUGAAAACCCAACAAGAAAAACAUGUCAAUGAAGUGAUUUUACUCUACAAAAAUAAACACUAACUUUUGACACCGAAAGACAGACAUGAUUCAAGUCACGUUUACGCGACAACCGAAGCGAAGUCAUGUUAACCUUUCACCCCCCCAAAAA